AGAAAACGAAAAGGGAAAUUUUUAGUUAGGAAGAAAUGAAGAUUGUAACUUACAACGUAAAUGGUCUGAGGCAAAGAAUCUCACAGUUCGGAUCUCUUUCCAAAUUGCUCAAUUCAUUCGAUGCUGAUAUAGUCUGCAUCCAGGAAACGAAAUUGAGAAGGCAAGAAUUAACGGCCGAUUUGGCAAUAGCCGAUGGCUACGAGUCUUUCUUUUCAUGCACUCACACCUCCGAUAAAGGCCGAACUGGGUACUCCGGUGUGGCUACAUUUUGUCGUGUGAAGUCGGCGUUCUCGAGCGUAGAAGCGGCAUUGCCCAUUGCGGCAGAGGAAGGGUUCACAGGCCUUCUAGGAUGUUCUAGAAAAGACGAAGCGGCGGCUUCAGUAGCUGAAGGGCUGGAGGAGUUCUCAAGAGAGGAACUUCUCAAGGUUGAUAGCGAGGGGCGGUGCAUUAUCACGGAUCAUGGUCAUUUUGUUCUCUUCAACUUGUAUGGACCCCGAGCAGAGAGUGAUGAUGCUGAUAGGAUUCAAUUCAAGCUCAAUUUUUUCAAGAUAUUACAGAAAAGAUGGGAGUCUCUGUUGCGUCGGGGAAGGAGGAUUUUUGUUCUUGGUGAUCUUAACAUUGCUCCUUGUGCUAUUGAUCGUUGUGAUGCAGGACCAGAUUUUGAGAAUAAUGAGUUCAGGACGUGGUUUAGAUCCAUGCUAGUGGAAUCAGGAGGUCAUUUCUUCGAUGUUUUCAGGGCAAAAAAUCCCAACAGAAGGGAAGCAUUUACAUGUUGGCCGUCAAAUACUGGUGCUGAACAAUUCAAUUAUGGGACAAGAAUUGAUCAUAUUCUCUGUGCUGGAUCUUGCUUACACGAGGAGCAUGAUGUUGACGGACAUAAUUUGGUGACCUGUCAUGUAGAGGAGUGCAACAUUUUGACAGAGUACAAGCGGUGGAAACCUGGAAAUGCACCAAGGUGGAAAGGAGGGUGGACCAUUAAAUUAGAAGGUUCAGACCAUGCUCCUGUUUAUACAAGCUUGGUGGAAAUUCCUGAUGUCUCACAGCAUAGUACUCCAUCUUUAGCUGCUAGAUAUCUGCCAAUGAUUCAUGGUCUGCAAACUCUUGUGUCAGUUUUAAAGAGAAGGCAGGCUGCUAAGCAAGUCCAAUCCCAUUUAGUAUCAAGUUCAUUUUCUGAUGAAAAUAUCAUCGUAGGAGGUUGCAGUCAUAGUGUCAAUAGGUCGAUCACAAGUUGCAAUGUACCUGGAACCCAUAUAUCCUGCUGUUCAUUGGACCAGGACUCUGAAAAUACCAUCCCACAAGUUGACGAGCAGUCUGAAGAUCUCACUGAGGAGGUUGCUUGUAACACUUCAAUUGUAUUCAGCAGAGAAUAUGUUAGCUCAAUGCCUAACAAAGAAACCAAGAAAAGAACAAGAAAGAGUCAACAGCUCUCCUUGAGAUCAUUUUUUCAGAAAAUUCCAAACCAAGAUAAUACCGUUGACAGUUCUACUACUGAUACGCCAACCAAUCAGACUGGUGUUGUAGAUUCUAAUGAUCUGUUCCUGGAAGCUCCUGUGAUGGAUGAUCUUGGAAGCAGUCCAACGCAGAAUGACACGAAAUUGAGUGCAUCCUCACAGGGUCAAGAAGCACAAGAUGGGAAUUGUUAUUUGGAGAAGGAGAAGAAUAACGUUGCUUUACUGGAGUGGCAAAGGAUACAACAACUCAUGCAGAAUAGCAUACCUCUUUGCAAGGGCCAUAGAGAACCUUGUGUUUCACGAGUAGUGAAGAAACCAGGUCCUACUUUUGGUCAUAGAUUCUAUGUGUGUGCUCGAGCUGAGGGUCCUGCUUCUAACCCUGAAGCAAAUUGUGGUUACUUCAGAUGGGCUUCAGUGAAAUCUCGACCAAAAUGAUGGUAGAUCCUUCAUCUCAAGUUUGACUGAAGGAUGUGUAAAUUUCCUUCCCCUGCCAUUUUGUAAAUUAUAGUAUCCUCAAUCCUGUUCUGCCUCUUUCCAUGCUAGAGAGUAAACACUCCCACUCAUCCUAAUCAAAAAGCCCUCUAACAAAUUGUCUUCCUAAGCCGGUAAAUAUUACAGGUAAUGAGGAUGCUGAAUGUCAGUUCAUCUGGGACUGUCAGAUGGAUCAAUUUUUCCAAGUGGUUCAACACUGCACUUGUUGAGGAUGUCAGGGCAUCAGCUUAUCUAGUAUCACCAUAGGAUCAAUCAUCUGUAAUUUGUUACCUCUUUAGUGUAUUAUAUGAAGCAAAGGGGAGAAUUUCUCUUCAUGAAUCACUCAUUUUCCAUUCUUUCA